AUCGAGCUCAAGAUCAAGAACCACAACAAUAACAAGCACGUGGCGGCGGCUUGACCCUUGAAGAACCCUAAUACCCUUGACCUCUACCGCCUGUACCGCCUCCCCUGUGACCCCCUGAGAAGUAUUGACCACUUAAUACGCCUGUGACCCACUUAGAGGACACCACCAGGGCAGGAGAGUGAAUUAGAGCGCCAUCACCAGCCAUAUGAGGACAGUCCACCCGUGUCGAGACGUUUAAAAGGAGCAUAAAAACGUUCCUGAUCUCAAAGGUAUAUUACAAAGGCAUCCAUAUUUAAAGAGAAAGGACGUGUAAUGGGAUUUGUGCGGAUAUAAAGACAAUAGCAUCACAGGAAGAGGACAAAGGAAGAUUUUACAGCUUGUCACCCGGAGUGUUGGUUAUAUAGACUAGAGGGAACGUUUCGCCAAUCAAGACAAUGGCAGGUUUCCGGGAGCCUCCCCCAAAGAAGCCCAAACCUGACGGCAACGAGUUCAACACCAACUCCUCCCACAUCCCAGUCCAGGCCAGCCCAAGCCGCUCAGCCAACGGUCAUGUCAAGCCACGGGCGGACAGCUCCUCACCCACAGGCAACCUUAAACACAAGGGGCCUGGAGGGGGAGGAGGCCCAUCUCACAACCCCAACAGGAACCCAGAGCAGCUGAGGAACCUGUUGAACCAGAGACAUGCGCUCCCCAUCUUCCCCGCACGAGCCAAGCUUCUGGAGGAGCUGAAGAAACACCAGACUGUGAUUGUCAUUGGGGAGACUGGCAGCGGCAAGACAACGCAGAUCCCACAGUACAUCCACGAGGAGAGGCUGGACCGCAGGGGGGCAAUAUGCGUCACUCAGCCUAGGAGGGUGGCGGCCAUCUCCAUCGCCAAGCGGGUAGCCGAGGAAAUGGACACCAACCUUGGGGGACUAGUGGGCUACUCCGUUCGUUUCGAGGAGGCUGUGUGUCCGGCGACGAAGGUUAAGUACGUCACCGAUGGGAUGCUGUUACGGGAAGCAAUCUCCGACCCCCUGUUGAGCCGGUACAGCUGGGUGGUGCUGGACGAGGCUCACGAGAGGACGAUAAACACGGACGUUCUCUUUGGGAUCGUAAAGGAUGCGCAGAAGGCUCGGAAAUCCAACCCUGGCCAAGAGUCUCUGAAGCUGAUCAUCAUGUCGGCUACGAUGGAUGUGGAUCACUUCAGUAAGUACUUCGAUAACUGCCAGGUGCUGUACGUGGAGGGCCGGCAGCACCCCAUAGAGAUGUUCUACACCAAGAAGCAACAAGACGACUAUGUGAUGACCGCCAUGACCACAGUGUUCCAGAUCCACCGCGUCGCACCUCCACAACACGAUAUCCUCGUCUUCCUCACCGGACAGGAGGAAAUUGACUCUGUGACAGCCAGCUUGCGACAGAUAGCCAAGGACCCCAGCCUGUCGGAUUGCCCCAGGAUGAGAGUGUUAGCUCUGUACGCCGCCCUGCCAGCCAACCAGCAACUUGAUGUCUUCCGUGCGACAGCAGAAGGGGAGAGGAAGGUCAUUGUCAGUACAAAUAUUGCGGAGACCUCCAUCACCAUCCCGGGAAUACGUUACGUGGUGGACUCAGGGCGGGCGAAGAUACGGACAUACCACGCGGGCAGCGGAUUCGAUGCUCUGAAGGUCAAGAAAAUAUCGCAGGCCCAGGCAUGGCAGCGGGCAGGUAGAGCGGGACGAGAGGCACCGGGGAACUGCUACCGAGCCUACACGAGGGAGGAGUUUGAGGCACUGGACGCCAACCCUACACCAGAGAUUCUCCGGUCAAACUUAGCGAGCGUGAUACUGCAGCUUCUGGCAAUGGGGUUGAAGAAUGUGCUAAGCUUUGACUUCAUCGACAAGCCCAGCACGACGAACAUAGACACAGCGGUGGUUCAGCUGACCUUCCUCGGGGCUGUUGUGACAAAGGGUGACACUCUCGAGCUGACAGAGACGGGAAGGAAAAUGGCACAGUUCCCACUUGAGCCUCGCUAUGCUAAGGUCAUCCUCUCUGGCCCUGAACAUGGAUGCACGGAUGAGGUGUUAACAAUCAUCUCAGCCCUGUCCAGCGAGUCCAUCUUCGUCAACCCGAGCGGCAAGAAGGAAGCAGCAGCCAACGCCAGGAGGAAGUUUACCUCCGUUGAGGGCGACCACAUAACGCUCCUCAAGAUCUUCCGGGCCUUCAAAGCCGCCAAGAAAAACAAGAUGUGGUGUCACGAAAACUUCCUCAACUUCCGCAACCUCAACUAUGCGUGUGAGGUGCGCAAACAGCUGGCCCAGGUGUGUCAGAGGUGCGGGGUGGCCAUUGCCUCUUGCCAGCAGAAGACAGACUCAGUGCGAAGAUGUCUUGCCAUGGGACUCUUCACCAACGUGGCAGAAUUGCAGCUGGACGGCAAAUACCUCACACUGGACACCAAGCAAGAGGCCGCGCUGCAUCCCACCUCCGCGCUCUUUGGAGGGAAGCCCGCAUACGUCCUCUUCACAGAGCUGGUACACACGGGAAAGGCGUACAUGCACCUUAAUUCCAUUGUGGACCCCGAGUGGCUGUACGAGAUCGCCCCGGAGUACUUCAGGAAAAAGCACAUCAAGAGGUGAAAGAGGCAGAAGGGGUGAAGGGCCGGGGUAGGCGUGAUGAGGGAGGGGAGUGGGGGGAGUGUGUUCAGGGGUAGGGUGAAGGGUAAGGGAUGGGGAGAUUUGGAGGAUUAGGGAAAUGGGGAGAAUAAAUGACAAGCAAUGAUAGGGUGACGUCAAGUUACCCAACAUGAAAAUGUUAGGGAUUUGUGCAGCAUUUUUUACUCAUUAUUCUUAUUCUGUAUACAAUAAAAACUACAUUAUAUUAAGUUUCAUGAAUUACUUAUCAAGGGAAUAUGAUUCAUUCUUUCUUUAAAUUUAUAGAAUAAGUCCACUCAAUCAUUCCAAGUCACUGGAAGUACUUUCCUACACCUUUUUGUCCUGCACUCCCCAGCCCUUUACUGCAUCAUCACCCGUGUGAUUGUAUUGUGUGUAUGUCUUUCCGUGCAGGAGUGAGCCAGUGAGAGGGAGAGAUCUUGUUCCCAUCACUAAAAUUCUAAUAGUAAUUAUUUAACUUCUGUUUUACAAACUAUGUUACUACCUUUGUUGUCCUAAAUAGAUUAGAAGUAAGAGACGACAGACAAUCUUCAUUAUGCAUCACCACUUCAUUCAACAAUGGCUAAGACACUUAGGUUUGUGACAUGAUUGAGUUCUAUUUUGCAAUUGAGAUACUUCAUUUGACCACAUGAUGAGGAAUGUUCAUGUCUUCCAAAUUCUAAACAAGUUUUUCUCUUAUUUUGAGUGUGUCGGCUCCCUGGCCUUCAUGGCGUGUGCCAAUGUGGGAACAGUAAUGAUGAGGCAUGUGAUCCUGGAGGCAGGGAUGGACAGUGACCUGCUCUGAGCAUUGUUGUGCAUUCCAGGCUCUUUUCUCAUAAUGCAGUGCAAUGUAUGUGUACACACACACACACACACACACACACACACACACACACAACUACACACACACACACACACACACACACACACAAA